AUGCAGUUCAAGAUGGGAAGCGUCCUGCUGUCUCUUCUUUUCUGGUACAAAGCUGCACUGGCCCUGUCCCCGGGAGAGGAUGAGAGACUGGAGCUGUGGCACAGCAAGGCUUGCAAAUGCGAUUGCCAAGGAGGUCCUAAUUCGGUGUGGUCCAGCAGGACUAACAGCUUAGAGUGCAUGCCAGAGUGCCCCUACCACAAGCCCCUGGGCUUCGAGUCCGGCGCCGUCACCCCUGACCAGAUAAGCUGCUCCAACCCCGACCAGUACACAGGCUGGUACUCCUCCUGGACAGCCAACAAGGCCCGCCUCAACGGCCAAGGCUUCGGGUGUGCGUGGCUCUCCAAGUACCAGGACAAUGGGCAGUGGCUGCAGAUCGACCUGAAGGAGGUGAAGGUGAUCUCGGGGAUCCUCACGCAAGGGCGCUGCGAUGCCGACGAGUGGAUGACCAAGUACAGCAUGCAGUACCGCACCGAUGAAAACCUCAACUGGGUUUACUACAAGGAUCAGACCGGGAACAACCGGGUUUUCUAUGGCAACUCGGACCGCUCGUCCUCAGUGCAGAACCUGCUGCGGCCGCCCAUCGUGGCCCGCUACAUCCGCCUCAUCCCGCUGGGCUGGCACGUGCGCAUCGCCAUCCGCAUGGAGCUCCUUGAGUGCCUGGGCAAGUGCGGCUGA